AUGAGAAACUUGGUGAUUUUUAACGAUGGAAAGCUUGACUUUGAGUCACGAUAUUUCCCCGAUCUUUGCAACUUGGAGAGCUCCUUCAAUACUUUUAAUGACGCCGUUACAUGCGUGAUGUCCAACCCUGCUAAAGAUGCCUUCGAAGUCCAACAAAUGACUAAAGAUGGAGGAAUCGAAGUUUUAUGCUUUUUUGAAAGUCCUUGCCCCGGUUCGUUGUUGUUGUCAUUUCACCAAUUCGAUGACAGUGGGUCGCUCAUAUUCGUGUUCAACAACGGUGAUGUGAUCGCUGCGCAUCUCGAUAGCGAAGCUACGGAAGGAUUUGUCUUCGAGAUUGUGGGACUGAUGGAUGUCGAACUUUCUGCAGCGCAGUGGUCUCCUGAUGAAGAGAUUCUUGUUCUCGUAACUUGUUCGUUGAAGCUUAUUCUUUUAUCGAGAUCUUUCGAACCAAUACUGGAAACGCAGCUCAAUGCCCAUGAUAUCAAGGAUACUUCGAAGUCGAACGUAUCCGUGGGGUGGGGCAAGGAGGAAACUCAAUUCCGGGGAAGAGGUUUCAAAGCUCUUGAGAGGGAGCGUGACGCACUCAAGCACGCUGGAUUGGAUCUCGAAAAUUUGCAGCCUUUGCACGAUCCCACUGUAAAAUUAGAAGAAAGAGGUCAUCUAUCAGCCAGAGAUGAUAAUUCUGUGCAUAUUUCCUGGCGGGACGAUUGCGAGGUAUUCGCAGUGUCGCUGAGGUUAGACUACUUACCCGACUGCUCAAAGGGGAGACGUGUUAUCAGAGUUUUCAGUAGGGAUGGAAAGCUAGAGGCCGUCUCAGAGGCGGUAGAUGGCUUGAAUACCUGUUUAAGCUGGAGACUGCAGGGGUCUUUGCUUGCCACCACCAGAGACGUAGCUCACGACGAUGGGAAAGUUAUUACCGAAGUAUUAUUUUUCGAAAGGAAUGGACUUCGGCACGGGGAAUUUGCUACGGAGCAGCCCGGUGUACUAGAUCUUUCCUGGUCAUCUAAUGGAGAGAUCUUAGCUCUUCUUUUCGACGACAAAGUGCAAUUUUGGACCUCGAAGAAUUAUCAUUGGUAUUUGAAACAAGAGAUAUCUACAGGUUUAGACCGCUGUGUUAUGUCUGUAAAGUUUCAUCCAGAAAAACCUAUGACGGCUAUGUUAACAUCAAAAUCUGAUGGUUUAAACGUCAUUAGUUUUGGAAGCAUUACGUCUGAUGGACCAUCCGUUCGGGAUAUGACAGAGGUCUUGUUAGUGUCAUCGAUGGUUGCCGACAUGCUUGAAGUUGUCCACCCGGAGCCCGUGAAAGCUGUCGCAGUCAGCAUAUGUCACACUCGGUUAGUCGCUCUCACAAGUACAUCCAACUUCUAUCUUACUGAGAACCUUCAGUUGAAGAGAGGUAGUUCUAUCAAGACAGAAAAGUUUCAGAUCAAAGAAUUUAACGAAAGUUCAUGUCUCAGACCCAAACAAAUUUGUAUCUUGAAGCUGACUUACCUUGUUGUGCUAUCUGACGGGCCGUCAACAUCUUUUGUCCAUGUUUUCAAUCUUGCCAACCAGAAAUUACAUUUCCAUGGGGAUCUCGAGGCAAGAGCGGUGUUACUCAAGGCUCUGGCGGACUCGAAUCGGGCAAUCAUUCAGUUGUACGAUGGAACUAUCCUUGACUUCGAUGAGGACCAGGGUUUGAAAAAUGCGUCCAAGUUUCCACAGAUGUGCACCCAAGUGGAAGCAGUUCUCAAAGGAGACGAUCUUGGAACUCAUCCGAAGCUCGUUGUAGCAGGGUUGACUGAUAGCGGAAAACUUUUUUGCGGAGAUCGCUACCUUGCCAAUAAUAUAACCUCAAUCAAGAUGUCCGAUCAGUUUUUGUGUAUCACAACUGCACAGUCGCGAUUAUGUUUCAUUCACCUUGGUAACUUGGAUUCAGCUGACAUGUCGUACAUUGCUCAAGGCGAGGAACAGGAUGAAAGAUCUCGGCAGAUCGAGCGUGGGUCAGUCUUGAUUACAACUGCUCCCUCAAAGUAUUCAGUGGUUUUACAAGCUCCUCGAGGUAACCUUGAAACUAUUUAUCCUCGUAUUAUGGUAUUGACCGCUGAUGCUUCCGUGCUAUAUAAUAAAGCAUUAUGCCUUUACGAUGUUAAAUUGGCUCUCAAUUUUGCUCAACGGUCACAGUUGGAUCCGAAGGAAUACCUUCCUUUCCUCCAGACUUUACAUGGCGAGUCACAGGGCAGAAGAGGUUUUUUAAUCGACGACCACUUGAAGAGAUUUGAAAGUGCAUUGAGUUGGCUCUUUGAACUUGGGGAGGACAGGAACGAGGAGUUUGAUGCAUAUGUUGUGUCUCACAAUCUUUACACUAAGGCAUUGGCGCUCUACAGACAUGACAACAAGCGUUUUCGGAGAAUAUUGAUUCUUUAUGCCAGCUUUUUAAGCGAGACCUCCGAAUUUUUGGAAGCGGCAAGGAUCUUUGAAUUCCUUGACGAAUUUCAAUUAGCAUUAGAAAACUACUUGCUGGCUAAAUCCUGGAAGGAGGCACUCACUAUUGGCAGAAAUAUCAAAUCAGACGAUGACUUUAGGUCUAUCGCCAAAAGCUUGGCAAUUCUGUUGGAAGAUGAUCGCAGAUAUAGCGACGCGGCCACCAUCGAGUCGACAUAUUUGCAAAAUAAUAUUAAGGCUGUUGAGCUUUUUUGCAAAGCCUUUGACUUUGAUUCAGCAUUACUCAUAGCAGCAACGACAUCAUCAAAGGACACCCAAGAAGUUUUUGAUUCAGAGAUUCGUGAAUCGUUUGGCAUAAUGUCAGAACUUCUAGCGGAUUGCAAUGGUCAGCUCAUAUCUCAGCUUAACAGACUUCGUGAAAUACGAAGGAAGAAAGAGAUCGAUCCGGUAAUGUUUUACGGUACAUCGUCUCAAGAUCUUGAUACUCCCGAUGAUGUCUCGAUAGCUGCGUCUGAUACUUCCACAACGCCUUCAUUUUUCACGCGGUAUACGGGCAAAAGCAAUGAGACUGCUAAGACAGGGGCCUCAAGGAAGACACUGAAGAAUAAAAAGCGCGAGGAACGAAAGCGUGCGAAAGGGAGAAAAGGUACAGUUUACGAGGAGGAGUAUCUCAUCAGCUCUGUUGGAAGACUUAUUGAACGCUUAAACUCAAGUCUCAGAGACGGAGAGAAUUUAGUCUUUGCAUUAGUUCGGAGGCAUAUGUGGGAGGAAGCGUACCAGAUUAAAAGCCUGUGGAAGAAAAUCACUAGCUUUUUGGACAUCCACGUUGUAGAGAUCUACACGAUAGCCGAAAGGGACCUGUACUACUCCAUCCUAAGGAUUAUCGACAGGUCGUCUAUGGAUUAUAUUGGCACAAUAAUUAAAGGCUCCACGUCAGAUGUUCAACCAGAAGAGGCAAUACUGAUUUUGAGCAACCGAUUGCAACACUCGCAGCUUUCGCUUGACCGGAGGUCAGCGGUCUUAGGCUUGAGAAGUUUUAGCCGACAGUACAGAGAGAUUGUCGUUGAAUACGGCUCGAAGACCCUCCUUAAAACAUUAGCACUUGAGAAAGAUGACAUAAUUACAUUAAGAGCUGUGCUUGAGACCAUACUCAUCCUUUUCAUGAAAGGUGCGGAAACUGGAGAGGAUACUAGGGGUUGGAUCAACUCACGGUCUCGAAGUCAAAGCGGUACUAUUGAGGUCGAUCAAUUUUCACUUUGGCUCGCUGACGAGAGCACAUCGAGCGCUGAAUAUUUGAGUUGCUUGAUCGAGUUGGUACAGAAUAAUGAAGAUUUUCAGAUGAGAUCUUACGCAAUUCAACUUUUAGAGGCUUUGCUUAUCGCAAGACCUUCUAAGACGAAGGAUCUUUUCACUGAGAUACCCUCUGCAAUCUCGAUGGUUGUGUCUGUCUUGAACGAUGCAUCUGAUCAGAUUAGGAGUGAAGCGAUCUUACUACUAAUGACAUUGGUCAAAGACAACUACAACAUACAAAAGGUCGUUGCUUUUGAGAAUACGUUUGAAAUCAUUUUUCAAGUUUUACAAGAAGAGGGAGGGUUGCGGGGCUCAAUCAUAGUGCAAGAUUGUCUAACUCUUGUCCAUAAUCUCUUAGCUUAUAAUGACUCAAACCAGAAAUAUUUCUUGCAAUCGGGAUGCGUCCCUAAAUUGGCAGAAAUUUUGGCAGAUCUGAUAGCACCUGAUACCGAAGGCAAGGAAUCACCCGGAGAUAUGAUUUGGAAUGAACAAAGGGUAAACAAUAUGACCACGGCAUUAGAAAUUUGUCGUGCUUUUGCUGAGAGGGAUAACGAGGAUUCUUUGAUAAAGCAAAAUAGCUUUUUUGAUUCUGGUAUUUUUUUUGAUGUCUUGAAGCUUGUUUUUGCCUCGCAUAUUGACAAAAUUCUCCGUUCAUUAGCAUUGGAGGUAGCUGGUGACUUGAUGGCGGGGAAUAAGCGUAUUCAACUAGAGUUUUCAAAACUUGAUGUACCCUACGUCGACCCUUCAUUGCCAUUACCCACGUCUUCAAAAGAUUGCUUAGCUGCGCCAGCUGCACUUUUAAACUGGGCGCUUCUUCUUAAUUCGGUCCAUUGCUUUAACGUACGCUUAUCAGCAUCCUAUUGUUUCCAAUGCUUUGUUGAGGGAAAUGAGGAGGCAAAAGUUGGUUUUAUGGAAGACCAGAUCGAGGAUUUCAAGCAACGAUUUUCUAUUGAAAGUAAUUCUGACAUCGUUGCAGAACACCACACGAAACACAAGAAUUACACCAAUAAAACCAAUCUUCUUUCAGUCUUACUGCACUAUGACGAUGAAAUAAAACUUAAUCCUUAUAAAGCAUGGUUCGCGUCUUUUUUCAUGAUUUGUCUCGUGAAUGAUUGCAAAGAAGCACGCCAACUCGCACAAGACGUUAAAGUCGGCAACGAGAAUAAUGGAGAAGACGUUAUGUCGUUGAUUCAAGCGAUAGCUCAGAUUUUGGUAACAACUAUGGAAUUAGCUGAUCCGAGGGUGCCCGUGGCAUACAUUUCUAUAUUAACAUUUUGGCUUUUCGAAGAUUUUGACGCGGUAGAUGAUCUAUUGAAUGAUAUAGAUACAGUCAAAGCAAUAAUGUCUUGCCUUAUGAGGAAUGCUUCCGAGUCAACCGACUUGGCUGACGGGACUUGCUUCAUUCUACUUGGCGUCAUCUACGAGUUCUCGAGAAACUCCUCACCGUAUCCUCGAGCUGCAUUGCAUGCCAUGAUUGUCAAAUCUUUGGGCGCCGAAAACUAUGCGUUGAAGGUGAAGAAAGUUUUUCAGGUCCAUUGGAGCACCCCUUCUCAUGAUUUGUUUUCUGAAUCUGUUCAAAUGGAUAACACCGGGCUUCCAAACGUGUUUUUCAUACCUCUUUACCAAAACCUCAUGAAGGAGAAUUAUUAUCGCAUCAAGCUGGCUUUGAGACAUGACCCUCAGCAAGACCCGCCUCUUAGAAUAACAUUUGAAGCUUACGAAGCGCUCCAAUUCCAGUAUGAAGCCUUGAAAGCCUCAAGCGUUGAAAAAGAAUCGGCGCUUGCGGCUCAGUUAGUUGCAAGCGAAGAAAAAAACCGAAAGUUAACUCAGUCUCUUAAUGAAACUGAAGAAAAACUUACCACAAGCGAAGGUAACGUAUUGCACAUCUCAAGAUUAAAUGCCGAUCUUAAGAAGUCGGUAAACGAUUCUCGAUCUGAGCUCGAGGAUACUCAGUCGCGAUAUGAAGACUUACGAGUGCGUCAAAAGACUACUGAACGUGAUUGGAAAGAGGCCCAAGGUAACACUUCGAGUUUAAUGAAGGAAAAGAAAGCAUUAGAAGCGCAGCUUAAAGCGACUAUUUCGAGCAAAGAGGCCGCAGAAAGUGGAAUCAAUAAAAUGAACAAAGAGCUUAGGAGUUUGACAGCCUCCCUUCAGGAUAUCAAAAAGGAGCUAAAUGAUACUAAGGAAGUCCAAUCAAGAGAUUUAAUGGAGGCUAAUUCUACAAUCUCUUUUCUCAAGGAUGAGGUCAAUAAGCUUCGAGAAUACAAGCAGAAAACCAACGGAAAAAUCUUCGUUGAAAGUGAAAAAUGGAAUGAAAGACAAACCAUGAUUUGCAAUUUGGAAGGGAAUCUCAGAAAGAUAACAAACGAAAAAACCGAGAGAGAAACCGAGAUAAAAAAGUUAAUGGACAAGCUCAAAUCAGCUGCACUGGUGGUGCAGAGUUUAAGACAGCAUAACGCUUCAAAAGAUGUCGAAAUUCAUCAAUUACGAGCUAAAUUGAAAGAAAGGAAUGAUCGACUGGCUUCUGUUACAGGUGCAAGACUUGAACCAACCGAUAACGAGCAAAUAAUUAGAGUUGAACGGGCCAGCAGAUACGAACCACAAAUGUCAAACGACAGCAUCAAUGAAAUAUCAGCUUUGCAGCGAUCUCUCAAGAUACUUCAAAAAGAGAACGAACAAUUGAAAAUGAACAUCGGCCAACACGACGUUGAAGGACGGUGGAAUUACACUGGCAGCCCUGGGUGUGACAAUGGGGGAUGCAGCAAGGAAGAGUUUGACGAGCUUUUAUUAUCGUGGGAAGACCAAGUUUCGAAGCUAGCAAGAUGCAAGAGUCUCUUAAGGAAACAUGAUAUCAGUGUCUCUAGUGAUGAGGAAAACUAG